GUAAAAUUUAUCAAAAAACAGUCCCGAGCCGAAGGCUAUUAACUUUUGACUGGUGAACUCAAAAAUCAUUAUAUAAAAUUUAAUAUUGUUGUAAACUUUCAAAUCAUUUAAUAAAAAUGGCAAGACCGGAACAAAUUAUUCAUAUAGAACCACAAAAUGAACUUAAGUUCAGAGGACCGUUUAAUGUACCAGUUACGUCAUAUAUGAAAUUAACAAAUCCAACAGAUAAAAAAGUAGUUUUUAAAAUAAAAACUACAGCACCAAAAAAAUAUUGUGUACGACCCAAUUCUGGUAUAUUGGAACCUAAAAAUGUUAUUGAAAUCGCAAUAUGUUUACAACCGUUUAUAUUUGAUCCGGCUGAAAAAAAUAAACAUAAAUUUAUGGUACAGACGGUAGUAGCACCAGAAGACGAAUUUUGCGCUGAUACUUUGUGGAAAGACAUUAGUCCUGAAAAAUUAAUGGAUUCAAAAUUAAAAUGUGUAUUUGAAAUGCCUAUGCAACAAGAAGGAGGUCUAACACCAAAAAUACCUGUAAAUGAGAACGCAGUUGUAGAAGAUAAGGUGAAACGUUCUUUGGAGUAUACAGCUAAUAACGAUGGAAGUGCUGCAGCUAGUGUUACACCGGAAACAGAAUUACUUGAAAAAGUUCGUGAGGAGGAAACUUACCUUCGACAAGAAAAUUUACAAUUAAAGGAGGAAAUUUUACGAUUAAAAAAUUGUAUUGGUGCAGUUCCUGAAACAACUAAAUAUACUCCAGUGGCAACAGCUCCUCCAAAUUUGUCUGUUAUGUAUUUGGCUGUGGCAAUAGCCAUGGCAAUUUGUGGCAUAAUAGUUGGAAAAUUUGUUCUAUGAAUGCUCUCUUCUACGCCACUCUCAAAAAUACCACCACCUCCUUCCUAUUCAACAACACUCCUGUUCCACAAUUCUAUAAUGAUGCUAAUAUAAAAAAAAAACCAACUAAAAAAUAUAAAAUAUAUUUGUUA